GGGUAUAAAAGGAGGUCAGCAGCAGCAGGGGCUACCGUGCAGAGGAGAGCCCUACAGACACCCCAGCUCCAGCCUCACUCGUGGCUCCCUCAGCCCUCCCGGCACCAUGAGGGUCCUUGCAGUCACCCUGGCUGUUCUGCUCCUUGUGGCCAUCUGCUCCCUGGCUGAGGCUGAUCUCAGAAUCUCCAGGCGUGCCACAAUUUCACAGAUGCAAGAAACCAACCUCAUCUCCUGCUGCCACGCCUACAUUUCACACCCCCUUCGACGCAGCAUGAUCCGCUCUGCCUACAUGACCAGCAACAGCUGCCCAAAGCCAGCCGUGGUCCUGGUCACUAGGAAAGGGACGGAGGUGUGCGCAAACCCCGAGGCUCGCUGGGUGCAAGAAUACCUGAAGCACUUGGAGCAGCCAGAGAACUGACUCUUCCCUGCUGCUGCCCCAGGGGAAUAGGCUUGGACCCUAGCACCAGACACGCAAUAAGAGUGCUUGAGCUGCAUCCUUCUCCACCAGGAAAAUUUAUUACACCUGGCAUACACUUGUUAAACUAAAUUUUGCUUGCUUAAAUGCCUGAAUAAAGUGUUUGGCUUGUCAAA